UCCCACAACCUUUCCCUGCUCUUUUAUCCAUUGCCAAAAGCCGAAACAGAGCAGGGUAUAUAAUUAUAUAUAUAUAUUUUGAGUGAGAAAAAAUGUCCGACGAAGAGCACCAUUUCGAGUCGAAGGCCGACGCCGGAGCUUCCAAGACCUAUCCCCAGCAAGCUGGUACCAUCCGUAAGAAUGGUUACAUCGUCAUUAAGAACCGUCCCUGCAAGGUGGUUGAGGUUUCAACCUCAAAAACUGGCAAGCACGGACAUGCGAAGUGUCACUUUGUGGGGAUCGAUAUUUUCAACGGCAAGAAGCUCGAAGAUAUUGUUCCAUCCUCCCACAAUUGUGAUGUUCCUCAUGUUAACCGUACUGAUUAUCAGCUGAUUGACAUAUCUGAAGAUGGAUUUGUGAGUCUUUUGACUGAAAAUGGUAAUACCAAGGAUGAUUUGAAGCUCCCUACUGAUGAAUCUCUGCUCAAACAGAUUAAGGAAGGCUUCGACGAAGGAAAAGACCUUGUUGUGUCGGUUAUGUCUGCUAUGGGAGAAGAGCAGAUUAAUGCUCUGAAGGAUAUUGGCCCAAAAUCUUAAGGAAGGACAUUGGCCCGAAAACUUAUGUUUUAUCAGUUCCUUCGUUCAUCGUUGCCUGUUAAACCUAGUAUUACCCCCCCCAAGACCUUCUUAAGUGAACUUUAAUUGGUGUCCCCUAGACCUGCUUAAGUGAAAACUUUAAUUAGUGUCGUGAGUUAUAUUGUUGAAAGUUGAAACUCAGGGACACGAGCUCUCAUACUGUCAUUCUUGACGUUUUGAAGAGCAUUAUACUUGCUCUGUGCUAUGCUUUAUUUUUUAUUUAUCUUGGCUUAGCGAUAUAAUAUGUUUCUAUGAUCUGGCAUGUUUCGACUUUGGGUCUUGAAUUGAAUUGUGAGUUUUUGGGUUAAA